UUCUAAUCUUUGCCUUGGGUGAGAAGGAAUGUGUAUUGUAAUAGGGGUUGCUAAAACAAGACCAGCGGUCGUCUCCUUGGGCAGAUUUAACCCAGAGACUGACUUCACCAUAGAAACACCUACAGUUGUAUCAAUGGUUGGGGCAAGAUAGUGGCAACAGGCAAAGGAAGAACAGCUCUGACACACUAAGGACAAUGAGUAUGCUAAAACCAAGUGGGCUUAAGGCCCCCACCAAGAUCCUUAAGCCUGGAAGUACAGCCUUGAAGACGCCUGCUGCCGUUGUAGCUCCGGUAGAAAGAACAACAUCCAGUGAGAAAGCAUCAAACACACCGUCCUCUGAGGCACAAGAGGAGUUUGUGGAUGACUUUCGCGUUGGGGAGAGAGUUUGGGUGAAUGGGAAUAAGCCUGGAUUCAUCCAGUUUCUGGGAGAAACCCAGUUUGCCCCAGGCCAAUGGGCCGGGAUUGUUUUAGAUGAACCCAUAGGCAAGAAUGAUGGCUCGGUGGCAGGAGUUCGGUAUUUCCAGUGUGAGCCUCUAAAAGGCAUUUUCACCCGCCCUUCAAAGCUAACAAGGAAGGUGCAGGCAGAAGAUGAGGCUAACGGCCUGCAGACAACGCCUGCUUCCAGAACGACUUCGCCUCUGUCCACCUCCGCAGCCAGCAUGAUGACCCCCUCCCCAGCAGCCCCUUCAAAUAUCCCCCAUAAAUCAGCCCAGCCAACAACAAAGGAAUCUUCAGCUAUGUCUCAGAUCAGCAACCUUACAAAAACUGCCAGUGAAUCUAUCUCCAACCUCUCAGAGGCCGGUUCCAUCAAGAAAGGAGAGAGAGAGCUCAAAAUUGGAGACAGAGUAUUGGUUGGUGGCACCAAGGCCGGUGUCGUCCGGUUUCUUGGGGAGACAGACUUUGCCAAGGGGGAAUGGUGUGGUGUGGAGUUGGAUGAGCCUCUUGGGAAGAACGAUGGGGCAGUUGCUGGAACCAGGUAUUUUCAGUGCCAACCCAAGUAUGGCUUGUUUGCCCCUGUCCACAAAGUGACCAAGAUUGGCUUCCCUUCCACUACACCAGCUAAAGCCAAGGCCGCUGCCGUGAGGCGAGUGAUGGCGACCACCCCCGCCAGCCUGAAGCGCAGCCCUUCUGCCUCUUCUCUCAGCUCCAUGAGCUCGGUGGCCUCCUCCGUGAGCAGCAAGCCCAGCCGGACAGGAUUAUUGACUGAAACCUCCUCCCGUUACGCCAGGAAGAUCUCCGGCACCACUGCCCUCCAGGAGGCCCUGAAGGAGAAGCAGCAGCACAUUGAGCAGCUGCUGGCUGAACGGGAUCUAGAGAGGGCGGAGGUGGCCAAGGCCACAAGCCACGUGGGGGAAAUAGAGCAGGAGCUAGCUCUGGCCCGGGACGGACACGACCAGCAUGUCCUGGAGUUGGAGGCCAAGAUGGACCAACUGCGAACAAUGGUGGAGGCUGCCGACAGGGAGAAGGUGGAGCUUCUCAACCAACUUGAAGAGGAGAAAAGGAAGGUGGAGGACCUUCAGUUCCGGGUUGAGGAAGAAUCCAUCACGAAAGGCGAUCUUGAGGUGGCUACGGUGUCGGAAAAGUCCCGUAUAAUGGAACUAGAAAAAGACCUAGCAUUGAGAGCACAGGAGGUAGCUGAACUGCGGAGGAGGCUAGAGUCCCAUAAGCCUGCUGGGGAUGUUGACAUGUCACUCUCCUUUUUGCAAGAGAUAAGCUCUUUGCAAGAAAAGUUAGAAGCCGCCCGUGCUGACCACCAGAGAGAAAUCACUUCUCUGAAGGAGCAGUUUGGAGCCCGCGAAGAAACACAUCAGAAGGAGAUAAAGGCUCUUCAGGCUGCCACAGAGAAGCUUUCCAAGGAGAACGAGUCCUUGAAAAGCAAGCUUGAUCACGCCAACAAGGAGAACUCUGAUGUGAUAGCCCUGUGGAAGUCCAAGCUGGAGACGGCCAUUGCGUCCCACCAGCAGGCGAUGGAGGAGCUGAAGGUGUCCUUCAGCAAAGGGGUCGGGACGGAGACAGCAGAGUUUGCCGAGUUAAAAACACAGAUAGAGAAGAUGAGACUAGAUUACCAGCACGAAGUAGAAAAUCUGCAGAACAAACAAGACUCUGAAAGGUCUGCUCACGCAAAAGAGCUAGAAGCCCUCAGAGGUCAGCUGAUGGCGGUCAUUGCAGAGAAGGAGAGCGGCCUGGAAGCCCUCAAGGCGAAGCUGGACAGAGCGGAAGACCAGCAUCUGGUAGAAAUGGAGGACACCUUAAACAAAUUGCAGGAAGCUGAAAUAAAGGUAAAAGAGCUAGAGGUACUCCAAGCCAAAUGCAGUGAACAAACCAAGGUUAUUGAUAAUUUUGCAUCACAGCUCAAGGCUACUGAAGAAAAGCUCUUGGAUCUUGAUGCACUUCGGAAAGCCAGUUCCGAAGGUAAAUCGGAAAUCGAGAAACUUAGGCAGCAGCUUGAGACAGCUGAGAAACAGAUAAAAAAUCUAGAGAUUGAAAAGAAUACUGAAAGUGGCAAGGCUAGUAGCGUUACCAGAGAGCUGCAGGGGAGAGAGCUAACACUUAAUAACCUUCAGGAAAACUUGCGUGAUGUCAGUCAAGUGAAAGAGGCUUUGGAAAAAGAACUUCAGAUUUUGAAAGAAAAGUUUGCUGAAGCUUCGGAGGAGGCAGUCUCUGUUCAGAGAAGCAUGCAAGAAACUGUAAAUAAAUUACACCUAAAGGAGGAACAGUUUAACGCACUGUCUACUGAAUUGGAGAAGUUGAGAGAAAAUUUAACAGAUAUGGAGGCAAAAUUUAGAGAGAGGGAUGAAAGAGAACAGCAGUUGAUAAAGGCAAAGGAAAAGUUGGAGAACGACAUUGCAGAAAUAAUGAAGAUGUCCGGAGAUAAUUCUUCUCAGCUGACAAAAAUGAAUGACGAGUUACGUCUGAAAGAAAGAAAUGUAGAAGAAUUACAGCUCAAACUUACCAAGGCUACUGAAAACGCAAGCUUUCUGCAGAAGAGUAUUGGGGAGGUAACUCUCCAAGCAGAGCAGAGCCAGCAGGAAGCAGCCAAAAAGCACGAGGAGGAAAAGAAAGAGCUACUGAGGAAACUGGUAGACCUGGAAAAGAAGAUGGAAAUGAGCCACAACCAGUGCCAGGAUCUGAAGGCCAGGUUUGAGGAGGCCAGUUGUGAGACAAAGGCGAGGCAUGAAGCCGACCUGCAGAGCCUGCAAAAGACCCUGUCGGACACGGAGGAGAGGCUGAAGGCCGCGCAGAAGGAGAACAGCGACUUGAUGCAGGAGAUGGCAGAACUGAAAAAACAAGCCGACAAAGCCAAAUCGCUAACUUAUUUGUUAACAUCAGCCAAAAAAGAAAUUGAACUAAUGUCAGAAGAGCUGAGGGGUCUGAAAUCAGAGAAGCAGCUUCUUGCACAGGAGGGAAAUGCUUUAAAGUUAGAAAAAGGUUCACUUUUAUCAAAGCUGGUAGAGGUGGAGGCCAAAAUAACUUUGCUUCAGAAAGAUCAACAGAAACUGUGGUCGGUCAAUGAAACGCUUCAUUUAGAAAAGGAGAAAGUCUUAGAAGAAAAGCAAGAUGCCGAAAAGCUUUAUCGGCAGGAGCAGGUCUAUAAGGAAUCCUUGGUGGUUGAGAGAGAGCAGUUACUGGGAGAAAUUAACACGGCGCAGGAAGAACUCCUGAAGAUCAGUAUGGAAAACGACUCGUUGCGGGCUUCCAGAGCAAGCGUGCAGGAGCUCAUGGAACAGCUCCAGCUCAGCAAAGAUACUUUGAUCGCAGAAUCUAAGAAGGAUCAGGAAGAAAAAAAUCACCUGGAAGAUCACAUCAAGAAGCUCGUUACUGAAAACCUUGCCUUGGCCAAAGAUAAAGAUGAAAUUAUUCAGAAGCUCCAGAGCUCUUACGAGGAGCUGGUCAAAGAUCAGAAAACCUUGGUGCAGGAGAUCGAAGAUCUCACCACUGAGAAAAAGUCAGCUUUGGAGAAGCAGUCAGGUCUUGAUAACAUGUGCCUCGCCUUAAAAGUGGAAAGAGAAAAUCUUCUCCAAAGCAGCAAAGAUCUGCAGUUUGAGAAGGACGUGCUCCUUCAGGACCAGGAAAAGCUGAGUGCCAGCCUGGAGGCCGCCCUCCAGAUCAAGCAGCUGCUCAACACAGAGGCCAGCGGGCUCCGCACGCAGCUGGAAGAGGCCCAGCGGGCUCUGAGGAAGGCGGAGCUGGAGAUGCGGCAGCUUCAGGCCUCGAACAGCAGCCUCACCAAGCUCCUGGAAGAAAUCAAGACCAGUCGGGAGAUCACAGACUCCGAGUGCAUCCAGCUUCUGCAUGAGAAAGAAACCUUGGCUUCCUCUGAGAGAAGACUCUCGGCUGAAAAAGAAGAACUCCUAAGUGAAAACAGGCUCCUUGCCGAAAAACUGAAGAAGUGCUCGGAGGAGGCUGCCCGGGUCGAGAUGAGCCUGAACGAGAAGAUCGCGUUCCUCACUUCUGAGAAGGAGGUGGUCUGUCAGAAGAUUACCAAGCUCAAAAAGCAGCAUGACAGUCUCUUGAAGGAAAAGUCUGUCCUAGAAAUGCAGAAUGGAGAUUUGCUUGCAGAAAGGGAGAAUUCCGUGAAAACCAUGGGAGAUCUCCGAAGGAAGUAUGAUCAAGAAUCCGCCAGCAGAAGAAUCAUGGUGCACGAGAAGAUGAAGCUCCUUGGGAAUCUCGACACUCUGGAGAAGGAGCUUCAGGAGAGGAAAAGGGAAAACCAAGAGCUGGCUGCCACCAAGCACGAGCUCUCUCUGAUGCUGAAAGAGGCCCAAAGUGCCAGGAAGAGUCUAGAAAAAGAGCACACGAGCACCCUGCAAGCCAAGGAGAGCCUGAAUGCCGAGCUUCAGACGUGCUGUUCUGAAAAAAACAUCCUGCUGAGAGACGGGAUGAGCCUACAAGAAGAGUGUCAGAGGCUGAACGAGGAGAUCCGCGCCGUGCAGCAGUCCUUUGUCCGGGAGCAGGAAGCCAGAGCGCAGGAAAAUGAGUCGUCCCUGUAUGAAAACAAUAAGCUUCAUGGGCGGAUGGCGCUCCUAGAGCAGGAGCUAGAAGAGUUAAGAGUGUGUACUAAGCAGCUGCAGUCCGAAAAGUUCGUGCUCGUCCAAGAGAAGAGCAAGUCAGAGCAGAAAGUGGCGGAGAUCAUUAAGGAGAAGGAGCUCUUGAGUGCAGAAACAGCUCGGCUUGCUGCCAACAUAGAAACUCUGAAGAGUGAUUUCAGCACCUUGUCCAAGUCCAAGUUAGAGCUGCAGGAGCUGCACAGCUACCUCACCAAGAUCCUGGACGACCUCCGGCUCAAGCAUGAGAUGACGCUGGCCGACCGCGCCAAGGUGGUGCAGGACAACAAGAACCUGCUGGCCGAGAAGAGAGACAUGAUGCUGGCCAAGGAGGAGCUCCUGAAGGAGAAGGAGAAGCUGGCGGAAAGCUACUUCAUCCUUCAGAAAGAGAUUAGCCAGUUGGCCAAAACCAACAGCCACAUCUCAGCCAACCUCCUAGAAUCGCAAAAUGAAAACCGUACUUUGAGGAAAGACAAGAGCAAGCUCACUCUUAAAAUUAGAGAGCUCGAGACUCUUCAGUCAUUUACGGCUGCUCAAACGGCAGAAGACGCCAUGCAGAUAAUGGAACAGAUGACCAAAGAGAAGAGCGAGACUCUGGCCUCCUUGGAGGAUACCAAGCAAACAAAUGAAAAACUACAGAAUGAAUUGGAUACACUUAAAGAAAACAACUUGAAAAAUGUGGAAGAGCUGAACAAGUCAAAAGAACUUCUGACAGUAGAGAACCAAAAAAUGGAAGAGUUCAGGAAAGAAAUAGAAACCCUCAAGCAGGCAGCAGCUCAGAAGUCCCAGCAGCUUUCGGCAUUGCAAGAAGAGAACGUGAAACUUGCUGAGGAGCUGGGGAGAAGCAGGGACGAAGUCACAGGUCAUCAGAAGCUAGAAGAGGAGAGAUCUGUGCUCAAUAAUCAGUUGUUAGAAAUGAAAAAGAGAGAAUCCAAGUUAAUAAAAGACGCAGAUGAGGAAAAAGCUUCCUUGCAGAAAUCCAUCAGUAUUACUAGUGCCUUACUCACCGAAAAGGACGCAGAGCUGGAGAAACUGAGGAAUGAGGUCACAGUGCUCAGGGGGGAGAGCGCCUCCGCCAAGUCCUUGCAUUCCGUCGUUCAGUCUCUGGAGUCUGAUAAGGCGAAGCUUGAACUCCAGGUCAAGAACUUGGAGCUCCAACUCAAAGAAAACAGGCGGCAGCUCAGCAGCUCCUCAGGCAAUACUGAUACUCAGGCAGAAGAAGAUGAAAGAGCCCAGGAGAGUCAGAUUGAUUUCCUGAAUUCAGUAAUAGUGGACCUUCAGAGGAAGAAUCAAGACCUCAAGAUGAAGGUGGAGAUGAUGUCUGAAGCAGCCCUUAAUGGGAACGGCGAUGACCUAAACAACUACGACAGUGACGACCAGGAGAAACAGUCUAAGAAGAAACCUCGCCUCUUCUGUGACAUAUGUGACUGCUUUGACCUCCACGACACAGAGGACUGCCCCACCCAGGCACAGGCGUCAGAGGACCCCCCCCACUCCACACACCACGGCAGUCGGAGCGAGGAGCGCCCGUACUGUGAAAUCUGUGAGGUGUUCGGGCACUGGGCCACCCACUGCAAUGACGACGAGACAUUCUGAUGGGACCCCCAGCCUCAUGCCGGGCUCUUCAGGGGCACGAGCAUGUAGGCAACAGAACACCAGCAUCCUGUGUGCAGACUUCCGGAGAACCCACGUUAUUUUUUACCCCCAUCCACAAAUCUAAGAAAAUAUUUUGAGCUUCAGUAAAUCACCCUUUUAGUCUCCCCUUAGAAUUUAAAAUAAUAAAUACUUAGUGGGUGAGUUUUCACCUCUAAUUUUGUCUUCUUGAUUUUUAAAAGUUCUGACAAGACAUUGCACCAGAUGCCAUUACAUUUACUGCCCCGAGGGAACCCUCCUAGAACAAUCCCUACCCUCACAAUACCUUAUUUAAGUAACUUUAAAUUAUGCUGUUACUUUUCAUAUUUGCACUAAAAAUUUCCAGGCUGCGUUUGUAUAUUUAGAUGUUUGGGUUAAGCUCUGACACUGGAAUGAGUUGGAAAAAUGUGCCAUUUUGCAUUUUCAUCUACUCAUUUAAAGUAUUUUAUUCUUAAAGAAGUAUCUGAGCUCUUUGCACUACCUGUUGUCAGUAGUGCCUUUAUUUCAGACUUGAUAAUACUUGGGUGUGAUUAUAAAAUCAUGAAACAGGUAAAGGGAGGGGGCAGCCCCAAACUGCUGUGGGGACAUUUUAUAAUCUAUAUGCUGCACCUACUCACUCUACUGUGCUGUUUUGUUCAUUGGUUUUGCAUAAUUUCAGCUUCUAUAUAUUAUAUGUAUAUAUUUUUUAAAAAAUCUAUAUUUUGGGAAAAAAACAAUGACUUUCUUUUCAGAUUUUUACCUUUAUGAAAAAGAAAACACAUCAAGACAUGAUGAACUAGGCCAGAAUAUAACAUCAUGUGGCUUUGCAACUGCUUUUUUCUGUUUUCACUUUGUUUCUUUAUCAGAUAUAAAUAACUGGGAGAGUUUUCUCCAAAUAUGUUUCUUUCUCCAGCAGAUACCCCCAGCAGUCAAUUAACUAGAUAAUAAGCCACAGUAAAACACCUAAAUUAACCAGUCUGCAAUCUUUACAAGUUUUUUUUACCGUGUUCUUAGAUGAAUGUACGAUGAGAAAUUCAACAUUAAUAAUUUUGGAGUUUCUUAUCACAAAAGAUAAAAAUGAAGGACCUCAACCAUCAGAAGUUUAUCAACCAGUUUGAAUCUAUUUAUCUUCAUUUGAAUGUCUUUUAGAAUAUGUAAAAAGUAAUAAAUGUGUCUUCCAUGCUACAUGUAUAAUAAGAACUUCUAUAAUUGUAUAUAUGCCUUUGAUGUAAUUUUCCCCUCAAGAUUAUCAAACAUGUGUCUGACAAGUGAAAAAUCUGUAAUGAGUUGAAAUUUUUGGUUAUAAACAUAUUAUAAUAGGAAGUGUUUCACAAACAAAAAUGUAAAGCAGUAUUAAAAUUUGAGAAAACAAGUGUUCUGUAUCUACUUUAAUAAAUGGUUCUUUUUUGCCAGUGGUAGUAAA